AUGCUGCCAUCCACAGAGGUCCUCCGGCGAUGGCGUAUAUCGUGUAUAGUAUCUUGCGAUGCCAUGGCCUGCAACUACGGCGCCAACAUGCCAUGCAAAAUUGAUGGUUGCGUUGGGUGGGUUGUGUGCGGUGGGCUUAAGUGGCUGCUUUAUGGGAUGGCAAGCAAUGGGAGCGAGCGGGACAUGGCUUGGCCGGACCGGAAAUCAAUCUUCUGA